GUCUUCUUGAUUGUUAAAAAUAAAGCUAUAUGGGCCACCUCAAGAGAGAUAGGUAUAACUGCUUGUGGUAACUGUGAGUGGUGGCAUAUAAAACUGAUUAAUUGGGACGUGUGUUUUGACUAAAUUAGAAAUGUCAGGUGGGGACCGUAAAAGGAGAGGGAUGCUGGGAAACGUGUAGUACGUCGGAACUAAACACAUGUUGCGCUCAUUUGCAAGCAUGGCUGGUGACAGUGAGACACGACUCAGGUGCACUGAAAAUGAUCGACCAAGUAAUCCUCCUUUUCUAAUUGGCGUGUCUGGAGGCACAGCUAGUGGAAAGUCUUCAGUUUGUGAGAAGAUUAUGGAGCUGCUGGGGCAGAAUAAGAUUGACCAUCACCAGCGGCAGGUGGCUAUCCUCAGCCAGGACAGCUUCUAUAAGGAACUCACCCCAGAACAAAAAGCCAAAGCGCUUAAAGGCCAAUUCAACUUUGACCACCCUGAUGCUUUUGAUAAUGAGCUGAUCAAGAAGACACUACAUGACAUCAUUCAGGGAAAGACUGUUCAGAUUCCAGUAUAUGACUUCAUUACCCAUUCCAGGAAGGAUGAGUAUGUUACCCUUUAUCCAGCUGAUGUGGUGCUCUUCGAGGGUAUACUUAUCUUCUACUCUCAGGAGAUUAGAGACAACUUUCAGAUGAAACUCUUUGUGGACACAGAUGCAGACACCCGCCUGUCAAGAAGAGUUUUAAGGGACAUCGAGGAGCGUUGCAGAGACUUGGAGCAGGUGUUGACUCAGUAUAUAACGUUUGUGAAGCCAGCUUUUGAAGAAUUCUGCCUGCCCACCAAGAAAUAUGCAGAUGUUAUCAUCCCUCGUGGUGCAGACAAUCUGGUGGCAAUAAACUUGAUUGUUCAGCACAUACAAGACAUUUUAAACGGUGGGCACUCCAAGCGACAGACCGCUUGCGUGGAUGGUCAUGUUGUGCCUCCAAGAAAACGAAGGACCUCGGAAUCCAGCAGGCCUCAUUGAUCUGUUUUUCCCCAUCUUCAGAAGCAAGUGGAAAGCACAUAAUGCCUGUGGAUAACAGGACAUUGAAACAAAUUAUAUAGCUUUGUCUCCACUGUUAGUGAGACAAUUGUCUUGUAUUUGAGUAUCAGUUGUGGUUCGCCAAGAGAUUUACAGCAUUUUUUUGUUAAUGGUGAUGAAGUGAUUGAAGACAGAAGAGCAUGGACCUCUUAUGAGUGCUAAUUUAGAUUUUGAUUCCCCUGAGAAGAGCUGUGAUUUAAAUGGGCAUAACGGUUAACUGUUUCUCUGCUAAGGGUUGGUAAGUUUAUUUUUCUUAUGUAAUAUGAAUAUCUUAACAAGAUUAACACCUAUGUUUUAUGUUGUAUGUUCAUAAUAUAAUAUACAGCCCCACCUUGCAGUAUUGGCACCCUUGAAGUUUAUAAAAGAUUUUUAUUUACUGUCAUGUGCUCAUGAAUUGGAGAAUUCACAAGUAAUGAAAACUCCCUUUGCUCAAAACAAAAUCCAAUGAAAGCAAAAAGAAAAUGUAG